AUGGAAUACGUUCGCGCUGAUAUCCAAUUGUUCACGCAAUUAAGCAAUGUUAAUGCUCUCGCACUAGUUUUUCCUAUCAAUAUGGGUGACACAUCGUCCAGCCUGCACCUCAUUAAGCCGUUCGCACAAUCCUUGCAAAUCCGUGCACCACGUAUCUAUAAUGGCUCUUCCUGUGCAUCGGCACCACCUGAAAACAUGCGCAUGAUGGAUGUCGGAGCUGGCUGCGUGCGUUUUUGUCGUGACAGCAAAAAUCUCCUCCACCACUCACACAAUCUGCUGCAGUUGUACGUCAGUUGUGCUUCAGUUGUACAGUAA